AUGGCUGCUCGCUUUCUCUCUUUUUUCAUCCUUGCCCUAGCUUCCUUGCAUGUUGCCCAUUCUGUCGAAUAUGUCGUCGAAAACCGGGCCCUGAACACCCCCGGCGGUAUCCGCUUUACAAAUGAGCUGGGGUUGGACUACACGCAGCAAACAAUGGGAACCGCCACAGAUUUCAUUUGGAACCUCUUCGCGGAAACUACACCGGCAGAUAGAAAGGACGUGCAACGCGUGAGCUUGUUUGUGGAAGACAUCGAUGGCAUUGCAUUUUCCAGCAACGAUGAGAUUCAUGUCGGGGCUAAAUACAUUGAGGGCAUACAGGGUGAUAUCAAAACAGAUUUCAAUGGGGUACUUUACCAUGAGAUGACACAUACAUGGCAGUGGAAUGGACAGGGUCAAGCUCCUGUUGGAUUGAUAGAAGGGAUUGCAGACUUUGUGAGGUUGAAGGCGGAUUAUGUGCCCAAUGGAUGGGUAAAGUCGGGUGAAGGUCAAAGGUGGGAUGAAGGUUAUUCAGUGACUGCAAGGUUCCUGGACUAUUGCAAUGAUCUUCAACAAGGGUUUGUGGCUGAACUGAACAAGAAGAUGAGAGAUGGCUACAGUGACAACUUCUUUCAGGAGCUGCUUGGGAAGACAGUUGAUCAACUGUGGACCGACUACAAAGCUAAAUUUGCAAACUAA